GUCACUCUUUCUCAAGAGCUUCGGGAAGAAGAUGAUGAGAAACUGCUGAGAUAGCUGAACCAUAAUAAUGUUCGUAGUGGAGACGGUGCUAUCGUCUACCGAGAGACGGAUCUUCAGAUAGUAACGGAUUAUCAUUAUUUGCAUUUUUUAUUUGUAACUUUCAUUUUGAUAUAAGAUGUCAUGAUGCGGAAAAUUUUUAAAGGUUUAACGGCGAACGGUGGGGAUUUCUUUGGCCCGUUUGAUCCGACGGUGGUUGAGGGUGGAUCCGUCUCCUGAUCUUGCUUAGAAACACCCUAACUUCCUAGGAGCUUCCUCUCCUCCGUGUAGCACGCGGUUACAGUCAUAUGCACACAGAGAGUGAGAACAAGAAAGGGAGUUGAAUUUUUUGCCACCGGCAUUUUCUUAUUUAAACGUUGUCUGCAGUUGUCUUUGCUUGGAAGCUUUGCAUCUCUUCCUGUACUCAUCCCCAGAAGAGACAUCUCCCUCUCUCUCUCUCUCUGAGAAACACCAAGAAGAUUGUGUGGGUGCUUGUGUGUCUGAGGAAGACCAAGUGGAGAAGCAAUUGCAGACAUGAAGGACCAGUACAGAGAUCGUUUUGCUGGGAGUCCAUUGAAGAAGUCGUGCGAGACCACUCCAGAGAGACCCUUCUCUCUCUCUGACCAUCUCAGCUCAACCCAGAGCCCUUCUUCGUCGGAUGGCUCUCCCAGUUCUUCCUUCCACGCCAUUGCAGAUGAAGAGGACUCCAAGAAGGGAACCGCCAAGCAGUUGGGGAGAAAACACAGCAGCUUCGCAUACAGAGUAAUAGACCAUGUGAAGCUCGGGGCUAAGCUGUCCGAAACCGUGAAGUGGAAGCUGAGUUUGGGAGCCAAAGUGAUCCAAGAGGGCGGGAGGGAGAACAUUUUCAAGCAUAUUUUCGGCAUGAGUGAGAAGGAGAAGUUCUUGAAGGCCUCACAGUGCUAUUUAUCCACAUCGUCUGGUCCAAUAGCAGGACUUCUCUUCAUCUCCACUGAGAAAGUUGCCUUCUGCAGUGACAGAUCCAUCGAUUUCCCUUCCCCUACAGGAGAACUAGUCAAAGCACCUUACAAGGUUUCAAUACCGACAAAGAAAAUCAAAUCAGUCAAUGAGAGCGAGAAUGUGGACAAGCCAGCGCAGAAGUACGUGCAGAUUGUAACCGAAGAUGAUUACGAGUUUUGGUUCAUGGGGUUUCUCAGAUAUGAGAAAGCCUUCAAGAAUCUCGAGAAAGCCCUUUCUGCGGCCAAAGAAGUGAAAACCGCCUUGUGAAGUUGGUAUAGUGUCUUCCGUUGUUUUGGUGCCCAAAAACUUGUGAAGUUAGUUGAAGUAGGAAAAACUCUUUGUAGGUAGUGAAAUGUGUGUCUAGUGGUUGGCAAAGCAGAGGAAUAUGCUCUGCAGGUAGACUUUGGAUUUUGUAUUGCUGGUGCUUGCAAUUUCAAAUGACCCAAAGGAGUCCAUGCUUUUAGCUCUC